UAAAAACCUAUGGAGUUCCUCUCGUUACUGCUCGUUCUAUUUUCUAUCAUAUGCACAUGCACUUUUUUCCUAACAUCAAAUUCAAAACAUCGGAAAUCCGCCAAGCUUCCUCCAGGGCCUUAUCCUUUUCCGAUCAUCGGGAAUAUUCUACAACUCGGCGAAAACCCCCACCAGUCACUGGCCAAACUUUCCCAAACCUAUGGACCUCUUAUGUAUCUUAGAAUGGGUUCUCGGGAAACAAUAGUCGUUUCAUCACCAGAAAUAGCUAAAACUGUCCUACAAAAAUAUGAUCAAUUCUUCUGUGGCAGAACUGUCCCCGUGACCCUUGAAUCCCUUGAGCAUGACAAAUUUUCUAUGCCGUGGUUGCCAGUUGAUAGUCAAUGGCGCAAACUUCGCAAAAUAUUGAAAGAACAGAUGUUUUCACUGCAAAGGCUUGACGCAAGCCAGGGCAUCCGACGAGAAAAAUUGCAGAAACUAUGCGACUAUGUGAAUCAAUGUUGUGUUAAUGGUCAUGAAGUAAAUAUAGCUGAGUCUACGUUUACGACCUCACUUAACAUGAUAUCGUCCACUCUUUUCUCAGUUGAUUUUGCUGACUUCAAUUCUGAUUCCUCUCAAGAGUUUAAGGAUGUUGUGUGGAAUGUAAUGAAAUGUAUUGGGAGCCCUAAUCUUGCAGAUUACUUUCCAGUUCUUAAAUAUGUUGAUCCACAAGGCAUCUCACGCAGAACCAAGUUUUAUUUUGGAAAAUUAUAUGCAAUUCUGGAAAGUAUAAUAGAUCAACGAUUGAAAUCAAGAGGUGCAUUAGAGAAAAAUGAUUUACUGGAAGCCCUUCUUGAUCUCUACAAAAAGCCUGAGCCAGAAUUAACCCGAAAAGAUAUAAAGCAUCUACUAACGGACUUAUUUCUUGGUAGCACGGAUACGGUUCCAGCUACUGUUGAAUGGGCAAUGACUGAAUUACUCCGCAACCCGGAGAAGAUGUCCAGAGCUAAAAACGAGCUUAGUGAUGUGAUUGGAGAGCAUGGUGUGAUUCAAGAACUAGAUAUUUCAAAGCUCCCUUACUUACAGGCCGUGGUGAAAGAAAUACAUAGGCUUCACCCCGUCGGACCCUUAUUAGUACCUCAUAAAGCUAUGGCCGAUGUAGAAGUCAAUGGUUACAUAGUCCCCAAAAACGCUCAAAUACUAGUUAAUAUAUGGGCAAGCAGUAGAGAUUCAGACAUUUGGUCCAAUCCAGAUUUGUUUAUGCCAGAAAGAUUUUUAGAUAACAAAAUUGAUUUCAACGGGCAAGAUUUCAAGUUCAUUCCCUUUGGUGCAGGGAGGAGAAUAUGCCCGGGAUUGCCUUUGGCGCACCGGGUAGUUCAUGUCAUGUUGGCCACUUUGAUACACAACUUUGAUUGGAGACUUGAAGAGGGACUAAAACCAGAAGAAAUUGAUAUGAGCGAGAAAUUCACAACUACUCUACACAAGGCCAUACCACUCAAGGCUUUUCCAAUCAAAUUGUGAUCUUAAUCUUUGUUUUAUUAGUUGACGAGUGCUUUUACCUGCUUUAGAGUGGUGAAUAAAAGAUGCCAAUGCUGUAAUAUUGCCCUUUUUGGGUAGCGUUAAGUCUAUUUAUAUGCAUACUUUUUGUUGUUUUCUUUAA